GAAAACAUGGUUCUUAAACAAAAUGAGUUGUAAUGGAAGUGAGGAUUCCUUGUUAGAAUGUGCAAGAUCAGGAUCCAGCAGUUGUAACUUAGCUGGAGUUAUGUGUUACUACACUGUAAAAGGUAGAGUAAGAAUUGUUAAUGGCAGCUAUCCAGAUGAAGGAUAUGUUGAGGUUUUGGUUUACGACAAAUGGAGAAAAGUGUGCAGCACUAAUUGGGACACAAAAGACGCAGCUGUUACAUGCCAGAGUCUAGGGUUUUUAGGUGGUGCUCCAACUUCGUUUCCAGCUGUAGAAAAGAGGAAUGAAACCAAUUGGUUCUUAGACAGCAUGGAUUGUAAUGGAGAUGAAGAUUUUUUGUUCGAAUGUGCAGCCAGAGGAUCCACUACUUGUAGUUCUGGUCGAGAGGCGGGAGUUAGUUGUUAUAGCCACACAAUAUAUGGUACUGUUAGAAUUGUUAGUGGUAGCUCUCCAAAUGAGGGUGUAGUUGAGGUUUUGAAGAAUUAUCGGUGGCGUAGUGUAUGUAAGGAAAGAUGGAACAAAAAUAACGCUGAUGUGACGUGUAAAAGUUUAGGAUUUUCAGGAGGGUUUCCAGUUUCAUCGCUGAUGUUUGUAGAGGAUACGGACUAUGCCUACAUGUUAGGUUCCAUGAACUGUGUAGGAGACGAAGAUUCUUUAUUACAGUGUUUUAGAUCAAUCACCCCAUCCAGCAGUUGUUACAGCAGAGGAAAAGCCGGGGUAGUCUGCUAUCGUUCAAUAAAUGACACACUAAGAUAUUUAAUUGAAACCACUGCAGAAGAGAAGAAAGCAGUUAAACCUAAAUUAUAUAUAAAUGGUACUUGGAGAGAAUUAUGCAAGGAUAGCUUGGAUGACAGAAAAGCAAAUGUCAUCUGCAAUAGCGUUGGAUUCUCAGGAUAUCACAAAUCAGUACGCAGAGGGAGUGAAUUUGGAAAUCCUUUGGUAAACAAUAUAAAUGCAGUGGAGGGGAAAACAAUUUAACUGAAUGUGAAUAUGGGGCAUUUAGUUCUGGAGACUGCAGUGCUGAUGGUAGUGUGGAAAUUGAAUGUUAUACAGGAGAUGUGAAAAGUAUGUUUCUGAUCAAAAUAUUCAUUUUAAAAAAACCCAUCACGUUUAUAUAAAAAAAAAUUCACAGGGUA